CACGUCACUUCCGGAAUCCGCGCCGGGCGGUAGAGAGGCAACUUUAAAUGCUGUUUGCAACAGUCUGUAGCAUUGCUGGCUGGGUCCAAACGUUUGUUUCAUUGACCACUGGUAAUAAUAUCAGACGGGAGGAUGUCAAGUGAAAGGACACUUAAAGAGCUCCCAUGUCUCGGUGAUAAUUUGGAGGGAUCCUCGUGCAGAUCUGCGAGAAGUAAAUGGAAACGCAGGCCCUCCUGCAGCGGGGGUCUCGAUACUGAAAACACCCCAAACGAGCUCAUUCAACAGUGGUCACCCCCACACAAAAAGCCCCUGAUUUGUGUGAAAGGGAAGGAAAACGAUGAAAAUGUGUUUGUUCUGGGAAGACGUCCCAGGAAAAGGAGAGAAUCAUCAGCAGGCUUGUGUUGGGACAGUCUGCCCGAUGAGCUGCUGCUGGGGAUCCUGUCUCACCUCUCACUGCAAGAUCUUCUCAGGACAUCUCGGGUCUGCAAGCGCUGGCAUCGUCUUGCGUUCGACGAGUCCUUGUGGCAUAGUGUUGACUUGGUGGGAAAAGCUCAGAUAGAUGGUGAGCUUGGACAGGUGCUCUCGGCUGGAGUCUUGAGACUGCGCUGUCCGCACACCUGCAUCGGCCAACCUGGGUUUAAAAGUACAAAACCACUUCGUGUCCAACAUAUGGAUUUAUCAAGCUGCACCGUUGAGACCUCGGUUGUUGAACAAAUCAUGUCUCGCUGCAGACAUCUGCUUAAUAUUAGUCUUGAGGGAUUGGUGCUCUCUGACAGCAUUCUUCACUCUCUAGCUCAAAAUACUGAGCUUGUCCGGUUGAACUUGUGUGGUUGUUCUGGUUUCUCCCCUGAAUCUCUGGCUAAAAUGCUAAAAUCAUGCAAUCGACUUGAAGAAAUAAAUGUGUCAUGGUGUGACUUCAGUUCUCUCCAUGUUCAGGCCGUUUCGAGCACCAUUCCCUCCAGUGUCACUCAACUCAACAUUAGUGGUUACAGACAGAACCUCAGCACAGAUGAUGUCAAGGCUAUAGUAGAAAGAUGCCCCAACCUCACAAACCUAGAUAUAAGCGACAGCGUGCUUAUGACAGCGGACAUUUUUCCGGUUCUGCAGCAGCUCUCCUCUCUUAGACAUCUGGCACUGAGCCGCUGUUAUCUGAUUCACCCAGCUUCUCUCAUUGACUUUGAAAAGUUUCCAGAUUUGCAGACCCUGGAGGUCUUUGGACUAAUACAGGACGGCUAUCUGCCCAUUCUUAGUAAAAGUCUUCCACACAUACAGAUCAACACGCAGGCUUUCUCUACUGUGGCACGUCCAACUGUGGCUACAAGGAAGGAUCGCACUCUUUGGGGAAUGCACUGCCGGCUUAAAUACAAACAUUGAGGUUUUAAUUGCAGGGUAAAACAAGUCUCUUGGAUCUCUUUCUUGUCUCAAGGAAUGUUAUUGUAAUUAAUUAUCAUUGGUAAUUCACUCCUUUGUUAUUUUAAUACUUUUUAAAGACAGCAAUAGUGUUGAAGUUCCUGACAAUCUUGAAUCAAGUGUUAUUUACAUUGUGGUUAAGGUCAUUUAAUUUCUAAAAAAAAAAAACGGUGCACAGACAACUACAGUGUGAAUGACAUUUUUAUAUCCUAAUGGUGGAAUCUGGCCACACAUUAAAAUUUUUAGAUAUUUUAGCUUUAAUGUCUUGACAUCGGUUGAUGUUACUUUUGUAAAUGGUAAUUUUUUACAUGAUGUGUGUUGCGUUAAAAGAAGUCCUCUUGUCAGGAUCAAGUAUUUGUGCCAUUUUGUUCUGCUUAUUGAGAAAAUGGAUUUUAUGGUUGAAUUUUAUACUGUCUCAGAAUUCAUACGUGGCAACACAACUGCAUUACACCAGGUUUAAAAAAAAUCUCACAGCAGAGAAAAUAAUGUGAAACUUUAUUCCAUAUUCCUGACUAAUUACAUAGGAAAACCUGAAUGUUGUAAAUCUUGGUUGUCAAGAAAAUUUUUAUGAAUUACAUGGUUUGAACUGUAAAUAAAUGUAUUGCAUUUUUAUUUAAA